AUGGACCAGAACACUAGAGACAUUAUCAUGAGAGAGUUCAGGUCUGGCUCUUCGCGUGUGCUGAUCACGACCGAUCUCUUGGCUCGUGGGAUUGAUGUGCAGCAAGUGUCUUUGGUUAUUAACUUUGAUCUGCCGACUCAGCCUGAGAACUACCUUCACCGUAUUGGUAGGAGUGGGAGGUUUGGGAGGAAAGGUGUGGCGAUUAACUUUGUGACCAAGGACGAUGAGAGGAUGCUUUUUGAUAUUCAGAAGUUUUACAAUGUGGUUGUUGAGGAGCUUCCAUCAAACGUAGCCGAUCUUCUUUGA